AUGGCUCCUCUCUCCAUGUACCAGCUGCUGCUGGUGCUCUGCGCGGCUCUCACACAUGCCAUCAACUUCUGUCCCCUCCUGGGACCUAGUUGGCCUGCUGCCACGGAUCUCGCAAAUGAUCCGGCCGUCAAGUCUGCGCUACAGAGCAUCACGACUACUAUCCAGAAUGCCAUCACGGCCGGGAACUUUUCUGGAGAUUCUCUGUCCUUGCAGAUCUUUGACACCGGUAGUUCGGACCCGUUGCUCUCGCUUUCCUACACGGGAACUGAUAUGAACACCACCAUUGGCGUGAAAAAGGUGGACGAGAAUACCGUCUUCCGCAUAGGCAGCACCUCCAAGAUCUUUACGAUGCUCAUGCUGCUGAUUGAAGACGGAUUUGGUUCUCUGAAUGAUCCCGUUUCGAAGUACAUUCCUGAGAUUAAGGACGCUGUUGUUGAUAUGCAGCGGAAUUCCACAAAAAGCAAUGACGGGAUCGACUUUGUCAAGUGGAAUGAGGUGACGGUGGGAGAGUUGGCGAGCCAUUUGGCGGGUAUCCCGAGAGACUAUGGCAUGCUUGAUCUCACCGGAAAGGCUUCUAUGGUCGAGGCCCUGGGAUUUCCCGUCCUUCCCACAGCUCAGAUUUCGCCGUGCGGUGUGCCGAAUGUCUGCAGCAGAAAGCAGUUCUUCAAUGGGUUGCUCCAGGGCCAUCCCAUUUUCCCCACAUCGACGACGCCAAUCUACUCCAAUGCUGCCUUCCAGGUCCUUGGAUAUGUCGUGGAGGCGCUUUCGGGCGAAAACUUCCAGACAGUCUUGGAGAAGGAUAUUAUCAACCCACUGAAGUUGACUCACACCUUCUACACUACGCCCAGCACCAAACUCGGCGUCAUCCCUCGUACACAGGGCGAGUUCUGUUGGAAUUUCGCCAUGGGCGACGAAAUACCUGCCGGCGGCAUUCACUCAUCCGCAAAGGAUAUGGCCACCUUGGGCCGCGCCCUUCUCAACAGCAGUCUUCUGCCCGCGGCAAUUACCAGACGAUGGAUGAGGCCACUCGCCCACACCUCAUCACUUGACCACGCCGUCGGCGCACCUUGGGAGAUCCUAUCAUUUGGCAACGAGCGACCGAUCGACCUGUACACCAAAUCCGGUGAUAUCGGCACCUACUCCUCCAUCCUAGCGCUAGACCCAGACCACGGCGUCGGCUUCACAAUUCUUGGCGCAGGCGCCAAUACGCACGAGUCUCUCGCGCUAGCCGCCGAUCUCGUUUCUGCUAGCCUGCUCCCGGCUCUUGAAGCAGCCGCCAAGGACCAGGCCAACUCUCACUUCGCAGGGACAUACGCCCUGUCUACUCUCAACUCCUCUAUCACAAUCAUCACUGAUGACGGACCAGGUCUUGUCGUCUCGAGCUGGAUCAACAAUGGAACGAAUAUGUUCACCAGCUACAUGGCCCUGAGCGGGAUCACCGAUCCCUCGCAGCUCAGCAUCCGUCUGUAUCCGACUAGCCUCACGAGUCCGGGACAGAUUUCUUUCCGAGCUGUUAUCCCUCCGCAGUUGAGGGCUGGCAUUGGGCCAUUCACCUCGUCUUGCAUUUCCUGGGUGCUCGUUGACGGCUCGGUGUACGGUAAUGUGGGCAUCGAUGAGUUCCUCUUCAAUGUGGAUAAGAAUGGCGAUGCGGUUAGCAUUUCGCCGAGAGUGUUGCGGACCUCUUAUCCAAAGACUUCUUGA